UAUGCUUUUACGACUAUCAAAGUUCGCCCGAGAAGAAAUUUUUAAUAUUCUACUUAUUUUCUUAAUUUUUCUAGCAUUUCAUAGCAUCUUGUUUGGGUAAAAUGGCAGUGAAUAAGCCUACCGUAAUUUCUGAUACGGAGAAACUUGAAACAGCCAAAAAAUUUAAAUCUGAUGGAAAUGAAUGUCAUAAAAACAAAGAUUACAAACAUGCUGUGGGGAAAUACCACAGGGCCCUGUUGCAGUUAAAAGGCAUUGGAAGUGCAAAGAGUGCUGGUUUGGGAGCAUUCAUGUCAGAGCAGGAUAUGGAAGAGAUGGGGUAUUCACAGCAAGUCCCUGAGAGCGUCAGAGUUGAAGUUACAAAGUUAACAGCUGAUUGUUACAACAAUUUAGCUGCAUGUUUACUACAACAGCCAAACCCAAACUAUACAAAAAUUAUUGAAUACUGUGAUAAUGUGAUUGAGUUAACACCAAAUAAUGUGAAAGCUUAUUACAGAAGAGGUCUUGGGUAUUGUAAUUUAGAGAAUUAUGAAAAAGCGUUGGAGUCAUUUGAUCAAGCAGAAACAGAGGCUGGUAGUAAAAUAGAUAGAGGACUGAGGGCGUUAUUGAAUAAACACGUGCAGAUAUGUAGAGAGGGCAUAAAGAGGCAAGAUCAGCAAUUGAGUAAGGCAUACAGAGGAAUGUUCGACAGCAAAAAUGACAGUAGUAAAAAUGGAUGAUAGAAGUUUAGUUACAUUAACAUUACUAAACAAAAUAUUUGUGCUUGACAACUGUGCUUAGGUUCCUUUGAAGAUGUUAAUCAGAGCCGAAAUAUUUGAUAGCCUGAAUCUGAUAUUAUUGUAUUUUAUGAUUAUGUGUCUUUUAUGAUUAUGUGUUGUAAGGAAAUACUUAUAUUGACAGGGUGCAUUGAUAAUUGCUCAUAAAAUCUUUUAAAGUUACAAGGGUGAAGAAAGGAAAAAAGUACGGUAAAAGUUAUAGACUCUUAAUUAUUACAUGUUAAAAGGUACAUAGGUAUUUCCUAAAAGACAAAUUUCAUGAGGAUAUAAAUGAACCGCGUCAUGACAAAACCAACAUAAUGUGUUUGCGACCAGCAUGGAUCCAGACCAGCCUGCAUGUCCGCGCAGUCUGAUCAGGAUCCAUGCUGUUCGCUUACAAACUCUAUUACAAAUAGAAAAACUGAUAGCGAACAGCAUGGAUCCUGAUCAGACUGCGCGGAUGCACAGGCUGGUCUGGAUCCAUGCUGGUCGCAAACGCAUUAUGUUGGUUUUGUCAUGACGCGGCUCAAAUGUUGUUAGCUUAAUUGAUCUCACAUGUGUUCAAUAAGUUCUGUGAUAUUUUUUACUAUGUAGCAGUUGUGACUGUUAGCUUGGUGCACAUUUUUCUUGACAUUUAAUUUCCAAUCAAACUCAGUUUCAUUUUUCAAAUUGUAGCACAUGUAGAGGUAAAUAAAAAUGAAAUCAAAGA